CUUCAAUAACCCUCAUUCUGGCGUUUUCAUUUGUUGAUGCUGGUGUUAGUACAUUUCAUUUUGCAUUUAACUUAAUUCUAUUGACUCUAAGUGGGUCUGUUGGAAACAUCAUUAUCGGAAGGAUUUUUUUAACAAACACCAGAAUUAACAGAACAUCUUGUAUCGACUAUUAUCUAUCAAAUGAUAAUACAAACGAAGACUUCAAUACAAACGAAGAUUUCAAUACAAACGAAGAUUUCAAUACAAACGAAGAUUCCAAUACUGGUACCUAUUCAACAGAAAUGAAACAACAAAUAUAA